AUGGCGAGCCCGCCGCUGCAUGGGCCCCCCGGGCCGGCUGGCGGCGACGGCCCCAACCUCAACAACAACAACAACAACAACCACAGCGUGCGCAAGUGCGGCUACCUGCGCAAGCAGAAGCACGGCCACAAGCGCUUCUUCGUGCUGCGCGGGCCCGGCGACGAGGCGACGGCGACAGCGGGCGGGGGGCCGGCGCCGCAGCCGCCGCGGCUCGAGUACUACGAGAGCGAGAAGAAGUGGCGGAGCAAGGCGGGCGCGCCGAAGCGGGUCAUCGCGCUCGACUGCUGCCUGAACAUCAACAAGCGCGCCGACGCCAAGCACAAGUACCUGAUCGCGCUCUACACCAAGGACGAGUACUUCGCGGUGGCGGCCGAGAACGAGCAGGAGCAGGAGGGCUGGUACCGCGCGCUCACCGACCUGGUCAGCGAGGGCCGCGCCGGCGACGCGCCCCCCGCCGCCGCCACCGCCGCGUCCUGCAGCGCCUCCCUGCCCGGCGCCCUGGGCGGCUCGGCCGGCGCCGCCGCGGCCGAUGACAGCUACGGGCUGGUGGCGCCCGCCACGGCCGCCUACCGCGAGGUGUGGCAGGUGAACCUGAAGCCCAAGGGCCUGGGCCAGAGCAAGAAUCUGACGGGCGUGUACCGCCUGUGCCUGUCGGCGCGCACCAUCGGCUUCGUGAAGCUCAACUGUGAGCAGCCGUCGGUGACGCUGCAGCUCAUGAACAUCCGCCGCUGCGGCCACUCGGACAGCUUUUUCUUCAUUGAGGUGGGCCGGUCGGCCGUCACGGGCCCAGGUGAGCUGUGGAUGCAGGCCGACGACUCGGUGGUGGCGCAGAACAUCCACGAGACCAUCCUGGAGGCCAUGAAGGCACUCAAGGAGCUCUUCGAGUUCCGGCCGCGCAGUAAGAGCCAGUCGUCGGGCUCGUCCUCCACACACCCCAUCAGCGUCCCCGGCGCGCGCCGCCACCACCACCUGGUCAACCUCCCCCCCAGCCAGACGGGCCUGGUGCGUCGCUCGCGCACCGACAGCCUGGCCGCCACUCCGCCGGCCGCGAAGUGCAGCUCGUGUCGGGUGCGCACGGCCAGCGAGGGCGACGGCGGCGCGGCGGCGGGGGCGGCGGGCGGCAGGCCGGUGUCGGUGGCCGGGAGUCCCCUGAGCCCCGGGCCGGUGCGCGCGCCCCUGAGCCGCUCACACACCCUGAGCGGCGGCUGCGGCGCCCGCGCGAGCAAAGUGGCGCUGGCGCCGGCAGGGGGCGCCCUGCAACACAGCCGCUCCAUGUCCAUGCCGGUGGCGCACUCGCCCCCAGCCGCCACCAGCCCCAGCAGCCUGUCGUCCAGCAGCGGGCACGGCUCCGGCUCCUACCCGCCGCCUCCAGGCCCGCAUCCGCACCUGCAGCACCCCCUGCACCAUCCCGCGAGCCAGCGGCCCUCCAGCGGCAGCGCCUCGGCCUCGGGCUCCCCCAGCGAUCCUGGCUUCAUGUCUCUGGAUGAGUACGGCUCCAGCCCUGGGGACCUCAGAGCCUUCUGCAGCCACCGGAGCAACACGCCCGAGUCUAUCGCUGAGACACCCCCGGCCAGGGACGGCAGCGGGGGCGAGCUGUACGGGUACAUGACUAUGGACAGGCCCCUGAGCCACUGUGGCCGCCCCUACCGCAGAGUCUCGGGGGAUGGGGCCCAGGACUUGGACCGAGGACUGAGGAAGAGGACUUACUCCCUGACCACACCUGCCCGGCAGCGGCCGGUUCCCCAGCCCUCCUCUGCGUCCCUGGAUGAAUACACCCUGAUGCGGGCCACCUUCUCUGGCAGCUCCGGCCGCCUCUGCCCGUCUUGUCCCGCGUCGUCUCCCAAAGUGGCCUACCACCCCUAUCCCGAGGACUACGGCGACAUCGAGAUCGGGUCCCAUAGGAGCUCUAGCAGUAACCUGGGUGCCGACGAUGGCUACAUGCCCAUGACCCCUGGCGUGGCCCUCCUGGGUGGUGGCAGCGGUAGCUGUAAGAGUGAUGACUACAUGCCCAUGAGCCCCACUAGCGUGUCGGCCCCGAAGCAGAUCCUGCAGCCUCGCACCGCCGCCGCAGCCCUGCCCCCCACGGGAGCCGCAGUGCCGGCGCCCACCCCCACGGCCAACAGGGCCUUUCCAGCCAACGCCGGCAGCUACAAGACGAGCUCCCCAGCUGAGAGCUCCCCCGAGGACAGUGGGUACAUGCGCAUGUGGUGUGGCUCCAAGCUGUCCAUGGAGAACGCCGACACCAAGCUGCUACCCAACGGGGACUACCUCAACAUGUCCCCCAGCGACGCGGGUACCUCGGGGACCCCUCCCGACUUUUUCUCGGCCGCCUUGCAUGGCAGCGGAGAGAUGCUCAGGGGAGUCCCUGGCUAUUGCUACAGCUCCCUGCCCCGCUCCUACAAGGCUCCCUACACGUGCAACGGGGACAACGACCAGUAUGUGCUCAUGAGCUCCCCCGUGGGGCGCAUCCUGGAAGAAGAGAGGCUGGAACCGCCGGCCGGCCCGGGGACCGCGCCGUCCACUAGCGCUCUCGCGGCAGCAGGCGGCCACACCCAGCCUCCUCACCCAGUAGUGCCUUCGCCCAGCAGGCCGAGUGGCAGCCUCGGUGGCCGCCCCGACAGCUUCCUGAACCAGCGCUGCCGGUUAGUGCGGCCCACACGCCUGUCCCUGGAGGGCCUUCAGACCCUGCCCAGCAUGCACGAGUACCCUCUGCCGCCCGAGCCCAAGAGCCCCGGCGAGUACAUCAACAUUGACUUCGGCGAGGCCGCAGCGCGCCUGUCUCCGCCUGCGCCCCCGCUGCUGGCUUCGGCGGCCUCCUCGUCCUCGCUGCUGUCGGCCAGCAGCCCGGCCUCAUCCCUGGGCUCAGGCACCCCGGGCACCAGCAGCGACAGCAGGCAGCGCUCCCCACUCUCCGACUACAUGAACCUCGAUUUCAGCUCGCCCAAGUCACCCAAGCCGGGCCCCCAGAGCGGGGACCCCGUGGGCUCCCUGGAUGCCCUCCUGUCCCCCGAGGCCUCGUCCCCCUACCCGCCGCUGCCCCCGCGCCCUCCCGCCCCCACCUCCUCCCUGCAGCCGCAGCCGCCCCCGCCGCCCCCCCCAGGGGAGCUGUACCGCCUGCCCCAGGCGUCCACUUCCCAGGGCCCCAGCGCUGCCUGCUCUUCGUCCCCGGAGACUGGGGACAAUGGGGACUACACCGAGAUGGCCUUUGGCGUAGCUGCCACCCCGCCACAACCCAUCGCGGCCCCCCCGAAGCCGGAAGGUGCCCGCAUGACCAGCCCCACGUCCGGCUUGAAGAGGCUGAGUCUCAUGGAUCAGGUGUCGGGAGUGGAGGCCUUCCUGCAGGCGAGCCAGCCCCCAGACCCGCACCGGGGAGCCAAGGUCAUCCGCGCAGACCCACAGGGGGGCCGCCGCCGCCACAGCUCCGAGACCUUCUCCUCGACCACCACUGUGACCCCCGUGUCCCCGUCCUUCGCCCAUAACCCUAAGCGCCACAACUCGGCCUCUGUGGAAAACGUCUGUCUCAGGAAAAGCAGCGAAGGGGGCGGCAGCGGCGUCCUGGGUGGGGCCGAUGAGCGCCCCACCUCCCCCCGCCAGUUGCAGCCACCGCCCCCCCAGCAGGCGCGCCCAAGGGUAUCGAGUCAGCCUGGGAGCUUGGUUGGCUGCCCAGGGGGCAGUGGCUCUCCAAUGCGCAGGGAGACCUCUGCCGGCUUCCAGAACGGCCUCAAUUACAUCGCCAUCGACGUAAGGGACGAGCCUGGGCUGUCACCCACCCCGCAGCAGCAUCCGCAUCCGCAGCCCGGAGACAAGAGCGCCUGGGGCCGGACCCGCAGCCUCGGGGGUCUCAUCAGCUCUGUGGGGGGCAGCAGCAGCGGUGGGGUGUGUGGGGGCCCGGGCCCUGGCGCCCUCCCCUCCGCCAACACCUAUGCCAGCAUUGACUUCUUGUCCCAUCACCUGAAGGAGGCCACCAUUGUGAAAGUACCUUGA